GUCAUGGGUGGGGACAAGGAGCAGUGAUAAGGAGGCAGUAAAUGACACCCCGUGCUAUUUGCUUCCGAGCAGGAGCCCUGGGAUGGCCUCUGAUUUCCUGCUGGGUGAGUGAAUAAACAAUGAGGAGGCAACAGUCACAUGGUGCUUGUGUCAGCAUCAUUGUGCCUUUACCUGGUCACGGUGGGACUGAUGGGCAUGUGGGUGGACAGCAGGGGCCAGGGAUGUGGGAGAGGCUGAGGGAGCAGGCUCAGCCCCACUACCUGAAAGGUGUAGGGCUGCUGUGGGAUGUGGGUCAUGCUCACCAUAGGGAGAGCCAGGGUGGCCGUGGGUUACCCUACACCAGGGAGGCGGACAAGUUGCUCCAACUCUGGAAAUUGUGGCCCUGGAUGUCACCCCUUACUCCACUCACCAGCCCUAUCCCACCACCCAGGGAACCCAGUACUCUUUGAUGCCUGGCCCUGCCCGCUGCCUUCACCCCACACCCUAGUACCAGUCAGCUAUGGGUGCCUGGAUUUUCACAGUCGUGCCCCUAUGGGACCAGGUCAAGCAUGACUCAGACAUUCUCUGAAACCAAUUCUAGGUCAUGAUGGAGCCCAGGAAGGAAUGAUGGGUUCAGUGGGACUCUGGUGCCCGCUGGGGACCUUUGGAACAAGAUAACGGCUAGGUCUGUUUAAAUUGUUGGAGAGUGGGGCAGUCCACAGGGCACAGCACACCUCUUCCAAGCAAGGUAAGUGAGGGGCUGUGGAAAAUACUCUGGAUGCCAUGACCUGAGGCUAUGGGUAGCCCUCCUCGUCCUCGGCACAGCUCCUGCUCCAGGACAGGGCUGGGGAAGGGACACCCAUGGGAGCUGUGGGGGCACAGGAGGGUGAUGGCAGGACCUUGGGCAGUGCCUUGGGGUGGUAAGUGCCCAGCACCAGCUCUUUGCAGGAGGUUGGCACCAGGAUGUGCCCAGCAGCAAGACCACUGCCCUGUCCCUUCCAUGGGUGGUUGGGCAUGGCAGCACCUGGGUAUGGCUGCAGACCAGGAACUGAGACUGGAAUGGACAGUCCCCAGUAUGGGAUGGUUCUGGGGAGAGUGGUGACAGCUCUGGGCCUGCCACAGCUGAGGAACUCAGCACAUCAGGGCAUGGAGGGGAGUGAGGUGGGUGCUGUGGGUGCAGCAGUGGGGCUGGGAAGCAGGCAGCUUCUCGGCAGGACAGGAGGAAGGACAGGAGGCAGGGAGCGGUGUUUCAAAGAUCACGGGCUGGCUUUAAUAAAUAGGAGGAAGCAGAGAAGAGCGUGCACCUACCUGCCUGGCAGCUCCUGACCAACUUGGGCACAGCAGUGGACUGGCAUGCAGGAAGGUCAGGUGGGCAUGGCGGCAGAGAUGGCACUGAGCCACCGAGCACCCCGUGAGGUGCUGAGUGAGGCUGAACUGGAGGAGGUGGCGCAGAGGAAGCCUCCCACUAAGGGCUCGAUUGGUCUCCGCAAGAUCAGAUGCACGGGCUCCGCUGCCAAGUCCCUGCUGUUCCGUUUCCUGCCCUUCCUGCACUGGCUGCCUCGCUACCCAGUCAAGGACUGGCUCCUGGGGGACAUUAUUUCAGGCUUCAGUGUGGGCAUCAUGCACCUGCCCCAGGGUCUUGCCUAUGCGCUGCUGGCUGGGUUGCCACCUGUCACCGGUCUCUACUCCUCCUUUUACCCUGUCUUCCUCUACUUCUUCUUCGGGACAUCAAGGCACAACUCCGUGGGUCCUUUUGCCGUCAUCUCCGUCAUGAUUGGGAGCUUGACGGAGUCCCUGCUGCCUAGUGAGAACUUCGUGGAGUCUGUCAAUGGCAGCAAUGCCACGGUCAAUGAGGCAUUGCGGGACGCUGCCAGGGUGGAGCUGGUCGCCACCAUCACUGUCCUUACAGGCAUCUUCCAGGUGGCCCUGGGUCUCCUGCAGUUUGGAUUUGUGGUGACCUACCUCUCGGACCCAUUGGUGCGUGGCUACACCACUGCUGCCUCCGUGCAUGUCCUCAUCUCCCAGCUCAAGAAUGUAUUCGGGAUCUCCAUAGGCGAGCACUCGGGGCCACUUUCAUUGUUUGUGACUUUCAUUGAGAUCUGCAAGAAGCUGCCAGACACCAAUGUGGGCACCCUGGUGACCGCCAUCAUUGCCAUGGUGGCCAUCUUCAUUGUGAAACAGCUCAACCACAAGUUUGCCGCCAAGCUUCCCAUGCCCAUCCCCAUCGAGCUUGUCACGAUCAUCGUCUCCACCGGCAUCUCCUACGGCGUCAACCUGAAUGACAAGUUUGACAUCUCCGUGGUGGGCACCAUCCCCAGCGGGUUGAAGCCACCUGUGGUCCCUAAUGUCAGCUACUUUGGGCAGGUGGCAGGCAAUGCCUUUGCCAUUGCCGUGGUCGGCUAUGCCAUCUGCAUCUCCCUGGGCAAGAUCUUUGCCCUGAAGCAUGGCUACAAAGUGGACAGCAACCAGGAGCUGAUUGCGCUGGGCCUCUGCAACUUCCUGGGAGGCUUCUUCCAGUGUUUUGCCAUCAGCUGUUCCAUGUCGCGGAGCCUGGUACAGGAGACCACGGGUGGCAACAGUCAGGUAGCUGGUGUCAUUGCAUCCCUGGUCAUCCUGGUGACCAUCCUGAAGAUUGGAGAGCUCUUCUAUGACCUGCCCAAGGCCAUCUUGUCUGCCAUCAUCAUCAUCAACCUCAAGGGCAUGUUUAAGCAGUUCAGUGACCUCAGCACGCUCUGGAAGUCCAACCGGGUGGACCUGAUGGUCUGGAUUGUGACUUUUGUGGCCACCCUCCUGCUGAACUUGGACAUUGGCCUGGCAGCCUCGGUGGCCUUUGGGCUGCUCACAGUCAUCUUCCGCACCCAGCUCCCCCACUACUCCAUCCUGGGGCGCAUCUCCAACACCGAUGUCUACAGGGAUGUGGCGGAAUAUGAGAUGGCACAGGAGGUCCCUGGCGUGAAGAUCUUCCGCUCCUCCUGCACCCUCUACUUUGCCAACGUGGAGCUGUACGCUGAUGCCCUGAAGAAGAAGAGCGGCAUCAAUGUGGACCGCCUGAUUGAGAAGAAAAAGAAGGCCCUCAAGAAGCUGAAGAAACAACAGAAGAAAGCAGAGAAGGAAAAGGCAAAGAAGAAAAAGAACGCAGAGGAUGGUCCAGGCGUGGCAGUGAUUGAACUGAAUGCAGGGGAGAACAGUGUGCACUCGGAACCCACCCUGCGCAGCCUGGGGCUGCCCCAGCCUGGCUUCCACGCUAUCAUCUUGGACUUCAGCUCUGUCAACUUCGUGGAUACCGUCUCCAUCAAGAUCCUGAAGAAUAUCUUCAGGGAUUUCCGUGAAAUAGAAGUGGACGUCUUCAUUGCCAGCUGCCCGGGUGAGGGGGAUCUGCAGAGCCAUGAGCCCCUGAUGGGCAUGGCCACCCUUCCUGCACACAGCUGCUGGCCUGGGGAUCCCUCCAUGGUGCUCCCAUCCCCAGGGCUUCCCCAGGGGAUGGGUGCUGCAGGUUGUCCCAUGGAUCCAAUCUGAGCCUGGGUCCCUGGUGCUGAUCCUGGUGUCCCCACGCAACACAGGAGGCGGGAGGCUGCUCCGGGCGGGGGUGGGGGACUUAGCUGGGUGCCAUCACUUUAGAUGCUUCUCCCUCCACACAGGGCCCGUGCUGGCCCAGCUGGAACGUGGCAACUUCUUCAGUUCAACCAUCACCAAGCACUCCUUCUUCCCCUCUGUACACGAUGCCGUGGAGCACAUCAGCAGGGAGCGGCGCCAGGCC